AUGCGGCGAAGGGUCGCUACUCUCGCAGAGCCGCUCAGCGUCGCCGCUGCCUCUGACACGACCGGGGCGUCGCAGAAAGAGCAAGAACCUGCCGUUCUCUCUCCGCUCUCUCCCAUCUCGCCAUGGCCGCCGGAACCCCAACUCGAGCUCCCUGCUGUCCGUGCGACUGCAGGUCAGACCAUCCAACCGGAAGCCUCGUCAACGCUUCCUACAGCGAAGGAGGUGUACGGGUCUCUAGCGGUCCUUCUCACCUAUAUCUCUGGAAUCGUCUACCUGGUAUGGGCAUUUGCGCCAAUCGGCUGGUUGGACCAGUGGGGAUGGACAUGGUAUCCAGAUAGGGAGUGGUCUGUCAUAGUCCCUUGCUAUCUGAUGGUACUCGUCCUCCUCACCUACUGGAUCUACAGCGCCAUGGUCGCCUUCAACACGCCAGCUUUCAACUCGCCGAGUCUUAUCACGGACUCCUUCGCCCGCAUCCCGGUCAAGAAGGCCAACUCGGACCCGUACUACUGGAGAUUCGCCGAAGCGGAUGCCAUCCCAGAAGCGGUUGAUCUGCCUAUCGAUCUGGUCAAUCGGGUGCUGUACCCAGCUCGACCUCGUCCGAAGUGA